GAUUUCUCAGAAAGGAUUCAGCUACUUUCAGACGUUUCUUUGCGGCAAAGAAAGAGAAGCAAAUAUGUCCACCAUCGAAUCUUCGCCAGCUGCCAUAAUUUUCUAUUUGUACUCAGUCAUCAUUACAGUUACUCAAGCCGUUCCUGUAUACCAAGAUUAUCUUCGAUAUUAUGUUAAAGACUAUUCGGAUUCAAGGUCAAUACGACCGUUGACUUGUAAAUCACUUGAUGGAACAGUUGGUGUUUGUAUGUUCUCUCUAGCUUGUCGCCAUGCAAAUGGUCAUCCAAUUGGUCUUUGUAAAGAUACCAUUUAUUCUGGAAGCUGUUGCCGGCUUCCUGUAAAUAAUAACAACACACAUGAUGGUUCACAUGUUGACGAGGUUGAGAACUUUCUUGAGUAUCCUGUUGGGACCAAUCGAACCUCACCUAAGGUACCAAUUGUCAAUGUAUCUCAGUCACUAUCACCUUCAUCAACAGCAUCAUUGCCAUCAUCACCUUCAACUUCAACUACAGCCUUUUCACCGUCAAUUAGCACAACUAUAACCACUGCCGCAAGUAUUUCAACCACCACUCAAGCUGAUAACACAACACCGAUAGCUAGCUCUUAUCCGGCGACUCUUUUAUCUUCAUCUUCUACAUCACAGUCUACAUCACAGUCUACAUCACAGUCUACAUCACAGUCUACAUCAUCGUCGACAUCACCACCAACAUUAUCAACAUCAUCGUCAACAUCAGCAUCUUCAGCAGCAUCAUCAACAGCAUCACCAUCAACAUCACCAGCAACAUCACCAGCAACAUCAUCAGCAACAGCAUCAUCAACUUCAUCAUCGCCUUCAUCAUCGACAUCAUCACCGACAUCAUCAAUUUUAUCUACAUUAUCAUCAGAACCAUCGUCUCUGAAAACAACUCAACAGUCGUCAUCAACCGUUUCAAACCUGGUGACAACAGUAACAUCUUUAGAUACAUCAGAGUUUCCCACUACACAGGGAGAUGGUGAAGAAGAAACAAAAAAGGAAUCAAUGUAUAUGAUUGAUGAUGGUAAAGUGCGUUCAUCGUCAACAACCGCUUUCCUGACAUCCACUUCAUCAACACAGGUCCCCACUAAGCUUACCGAAUCAACAAUUUCAUCUCAAUCGAUGAUUACCUCCGAUGCACCAUCAUCACAACUAACCAAUAAACCUGAUUCAUUAACAAACCCAUCAACAGCUUCAACAUCUUCAACAUCUUCAGAAUCCACCUCACUCCAUUCAACUCUAACAUCAUCAACAGCAACUAGAACAGCCACAGUAUCAACGUCACCACCAACAACUCCAUUAAAGACUGCGCCACCAACACCAGCAAUAGUAUCAACACUGUCAACCUCGACAACAACAACAACUACCACAAAAAGCCCGCCCCCAUCAAGUACUACGUCAACUACAACAAUUAAAAUACCAACUCUUAACAGGAUAACUUCACCAUCAACAGUUGCUCCUAAAAAUCACACAAACCAUCAAGGAAUAAAAGCAAUAUGUGGUCGUAAAAUGAAUGGACCUGGACCAACAGCUCGAAUCGUUGGUGGAUCUCAAUCUUCAUUCUCCGAGUGGCCAUGGAUGGUAUCAACUCGACAAUGGAAGAAAAACGCUUUCCUCCAUAAAUGUGGAGCAGCCCUUCUCAAUGAAUACUGGGCUAUAACUGCAGCUCAUUGCGUUGAAAAUGUUGCUCCAACUGAUUUACUUCUUCGCCUUGGAGAAUAUGAUAUUUCUCAUGAAGAUGAACCUUUUGGCCAUAUCGAACGCAGAGUCCAAAUAAUUGCACCACAUCCAAAGUUUGACCCAAGAACGUUUGAGUAUGACUUGGCUCUUCUACGAUUUUAUGAACCAAUUACUUUCCGUAAAAAUAUACUUCCCAUUUGUAUUCCUGAAGGUAACAAGAGCUUUGUUGGCCGUAAAGCCACUGUAACUGGUUGGGGUCGACUCUAUGAGGAAGGACCUUUACCAAAUACACUACAACAUGUUGAAGUUCCAGUUAUUACUAAUCAAGAGUGUGAGAUGAUGUACCGUCGAGCAGGAUACCUUGAAGAGAUACCAAAUAUUUUUAUUUGCGCUGGAAUGUCUAGUGGAGGCAAAGAUUCGUGUGAAGGUGAUUCUGGUGGACCAUUAGUGAUAGAAGAAAAUGGACAGUGGAAUCUGAUUGGUAUCAUUUCUUGGGGAAUCGGAUGUGCUCUUCCAAACCAACCUGGUGUUUAUACAAGGAUAACUGAAUUUGCUCGAUGGAUCCAUCAAAUUAUACAUGACCAGUUAAUAUGGAAAUGUUUUGUUUCAAUUUUAACAGAUUAUCUUCGAUAUUAUGUUAAAGACUAUUCGGAUUCAAGGUCAAUACGACCGUUGACUUGUAAAUCACUUGAUGGAACAGUUGGUGUUUGUAUGUUCUCUCUAGCUUGUCGCCAUGCAAAUGGUCAUCCAAUUGGUCUUUGUAAAGAUACCAUUUAUUCUGGAAGCUGUUGCCGGCUUCCUGUAAAUAAUAACAACACACAUGAUGGUUCACAUGUUGACGAGGUUGAGAACUUUCUUGAGUAUCCUGUUGGGACCAAUCGAACCUCACCUAAGGUACCAAUUGUCAAUGUAUCUCAGUCACUAUCACCUUCAUCAACAGCAUCAUUGCCAUCAUCACCUUCAACUUCAACUACAGCCUUUUCACCGUCAAUUAGCACAACUAUAACCACUGCCGCAAGUAUUUCAACCACCACACAAGCUGAUAACACAACACCGAUAGCUAGUUCUUAUCCGGCGACUCUUUUAUCUACUUCAUCUUCUACAUCACAGUCUACAUCAUCGUCGACAUCACCACCAACAUUACCAACAUCAUCAACAUCAUCAGAAUCCACCUCACUCCAUUCAACUCUAACAUCAUCAACAGCAACUAGAACAGCCACAGUAUCAACGUCACCACCAACAACUCCAUUAAAGACUGCGCCACCAACACCAGCAAUAGUAUCAACACUGUCAACCUCGACAACAACAACAACUACAACAAAAAGCCCGCCCCCAUCAAGUACUACGUCAACUACAACAAUUAAAAUACCAACUCUUAACAGGAUAACUUCACCAUCAACAGUUGCUCCUAAAAAUCACACAAACCAUCAAGGAAUAAAAGCAAUAUGUGGUCGUAAAAUGAAUGGACCUGGACCAACAGCUCGAAUCGUUGGUGGAUCUCAAUCUUCAUUCUCCGAGUGGCCAUGGAUGGUAUCAACUCGACAAUGGAAGAAAAACGCUUUCCUCCAUAAAUGUGGAGCAGCCCUUCUCAAUGAAUACUGGGCUAUAACUGCAGCUCAUUGCGUUGAAAAUGUUGCUCCAACUGAUUUACUUCUUCGCCUUGGAGAAUAUGAUAUUUCUCAUGAAGAUGAACCUUUUGGCCAUAUCGAACGCAGAGUCCAAAUAAUUGCACCACAUCCAAAGUUUGACCCAAGAACGUUUGAGUAUGACUUGGCUCUUCUGCGCUUUUAUGAACCAAUUACUUUCCGUAAAAAUAUACUUCCCAUUUGUAUUCCUGAAGGUAACAAGAGCUUUGUUGGCCGUAAAGCCACUGUAACUGGUUGGGGUCGACUCUAUGAGGAAGGACCUUUACCAAAUACACUACAAUUAUCUGGUAUUCUCAUUAUCUGGUACCUUACUGUACAACAUGUUGAAGUUCCAGUUAUAACUAAUCAAGAGUGUGAGAUGAUGUACCGUCGAGCAGGAUACCUUGAAGAGAUACCAAAUAUUUUUAUUUGCGCUGGAAUGUCUAGUGGAGGCAAAGAUUCGUGUGAAGGUGAUUCUGGUGGACCAUUAGUGAUAGAAGAAAAUGGACAGUGGAAUCUGAUUGGUAUCAUUUCUUGGGGAAUUGGAUGUGCUCUUCCAAACCAACCUGGUGUUUAUACAAGGAUAACUGAAUUUGCUCGAUGGAUCCAUCAAAUUAUAGCUUAUUGAAAUUUUAUAUUUUCAACUAAAUUUCUAAAUUCUUAAUUUAUUUAUUUAUAAAAUAUAUUUUAUAUAAAGUCAAUA